AUGGCUACGGCUGGUUUCGAAGCUGCGGGCCAGGCCCCGACAUUGAAUCCCACAUUGUCUUCUUCUGCUUCAGCAUCCGCAUGCGCGUCCGCGUCCGCAUCCCCUUCUUCCUCGCUGUCUUCGCAGAGCAUUGUCUUCCAUUCUCUUUCAGACACGACAAACUCCCCGGCCGAGUCGCCCAACCCCAACAACAACCUGCCCUACCACGCGCAUCGCCAGAGCCACAAUUCCUCCAAGCUACCGGCCUUUCGAUUCGCCGAUUUCAAGAACCAAUCCCCACGCCUGGUGCUCCCCUCACUACUGCAGCACAUCCCGCCCUCGCCUGUGUCGCCUAAAUCGGCUACCGACGAAAACCACUCCGCCACUGCCACGGUUACUGACACUGCUACCGUAACUGACAUUGGCAUCGGCCUCACUGCUGCCACUGCCAUUGACACUGCCAGCGCCAACCCAACCACAACCGCAACCGCGACCACCACCACCACAACAACCCCGACAACCGUAACAACAACGUCAGAGCAGCCACACCUCAACCACAACUCGCCCGACACCACCACCAGCCCUCGCCAAAACACCCGUCCGACCUCACUGCGACUUGUCCACGAUCGUCGCCCUUCUUACCGCCAACUUUCACCUAGAAUUUCGAGCCCCAUCGACGAGUUGCCCGAACCGCCGCCAAAAUUGAGUCCGCGACUGCGAGCAUCAACAUUUCAGACCGCCUCGCAUUCCACUCCCGCAUCCCCAGCCAUCUCCCCUCGGCGCCCUGCAUCGUUUCCCGACGGUCCCGUCAUCGUCCAGGCUUCAAACGUCGGCGUCGCAGAGUCAAAGACUUCUGGCCCUACUAGGUUGCACAUCCGCAGGACGGUUACUUCUCGAUCUCGCGAGUCAAAUGUUACCGAUACAGCGAUAUCGCCAUUAGACACCCAUCACCCGCAUCCCUCCGACGCAAGCGACGAGGUGCUUUCUCCUGCCGACGGACAAACAAAAGACAGGUCCCACGGCCAGCGCGAAUUGCUGCUCCCCAAAACAUUGCAGCAAACGAGCCCGACAGAUGAGCGACGCCAAUCCGUAACGUCGCGACCACCCGUCUCCUUCAAAGCCCCCUCCAACAGUACUUCCACCACUUCCGUUCGCGUCGCUCCCAUCCGCUCCUUUCGAUCAUCAGGGUCUCGUCGGAGUCUGGGACUCGACAGCAGCACUUCCACCAUGCGCUCCUUCGACUUUGGCGACGAAUUCGCCGACUCGAACCAACGCGACCGAACUUUGCGCGCCCUCGAGGGCAGAAUCGACGAUGACUUCCGCAGAAUGACACCACCGCACUCAGCUAGCCAGGCCGAUGCCGACGACACGACCGGUGACGUCUUUAUGAAAAUCGCGAGACAGGAGCCAACACGUCGCGGCUCGGGUGAUGUUGCGCCAGCCGAAGAGUCAAGUGCCAUAGCCCGUGUCACUAGAUUCUCCCAUCGCCGGCCACUCUCGGCAGCCGUCCCAUUGUCUUAUCACCCAACCUCCCCGCCUCAAAUCAGCCGUCGUCUCUCUGACCAGCAAGAGACAUCAAAGAAGCGCGCACGACAGCAAUCAGAAGACGAGAGCGCCGCAGAACCCAUGGCUCGCGCGCUGGCGUACCGCCCCGGAUUGACUCGAGACCGCCCCUCAUCAGUGCACCCGGCCGAGGACUUGGGUCGCUCCAAGACCUUCCACUCUGCCACGCGCUCAACCGUCUCCGCCGCCAACACACCUCGCUCAUUCACCUUCCAGGGUGUGGACACACCGGAAUCAUCACCGUACUCGCCCUCACAAUACGCGCGCAGGCGGCCUUCCUUGACCGACAGCAACGCAGGAUAUGCUGCUCGCAGUUCCGCAUACAGGCAGUCCAACUUGUCCUUUGGCCAGGCACGCACGUACAACUCAUCGCCAUUAGUGCCGAAGAUGGAGACACCGCGUACGGGAACCCACCAGCAAGAGGCUGCAAACGGAGUGGAGGGAACCGAGUCGACGGCGACCGCAUCUACAACCGCACCUUCGACAGUAUGGGAUGAGCUGGACGAUCUCAAGUCGAGAAUUCACCGGUUGGAAUUGACGGGCAAGUUGCCAAAGACUUCAGGUGCUGCGAUGUCGCGUGCUUCCGACGAGCGACCCCCCACCGCUACCAACACCACGAUGUCCACGUCGCCCAAGAGAACGUCCGGCAGCAACCACCCCAAAUCGGACGCUAUUAGCAUUACAUCAUCGCAGCGCGAGGCCCACCAGCCAAUUUUGCUCUCUGCUGUUAACAAGUCGAAGCCAUUCCUCAGCGAUGAGGUAGCACGAGCGCUCGAAACGGCUGCCACUGAAGCACUGGCGCUCGCCAAUAUGAUGGGUACGGCAGGCCAGCCUGGACCUAUUUCCAGUGGAGCCAGCACGAUCGGCGUGGGUACCAACUUGACGGAUCGCCAACUGCGACGCAAGGCGGAUAGUAUCUGCCGGAGUUUGACGGAGCUCGUCCUGGCCUUGAGCGAGGAAAGCGCGCGUGAGAAGACCCUCCAACUGACGGUACCGACACCCAAGGAGACGACGACUCCUUCUACACCAGCUAUUGAUAAAUCGUUCACGGGGGGAACCGGAUCUUCUGCGGCGUCAGGAGCGACUGCCCAACAGCGUCCAACCGUACCAGAGCAGCAGACCUUGCCGAAACCCAGUGCGGUUAUCACCAGUCCUAGGGCUUUAUCCAAGUACGAGGAAAGACGCAACACAAUGCUCAACACCAGUGCUCUUCAGAGCCCAAGGUUUGCCCUGCCGCCUGGCACUAUUCCCUCCACGCCGGGAGAGAAGACCGCGCACCGCAAAUCGUCCUUGUUCAUUGGCCGAGCUCGUCGGGGCGCGUCAGAGGAACCCGAAGAUGGACGACGGUCUUCGCUGCUGCUGAGGACGAGACGUGCCGGCACCGAAGAGCCCGAGGACUCGCGUGCGCUUGUCCGCCAAGAACCUCGCCAGGAAAGCGGCCGCCAGACGUCGCUUCUCCGUACACGCCGAGGAACGAUUGGCGAGAACCAUGAUGACGAUGAAUCGCCGCGCUUCCGCGCCCCGUCACGGGCAAACACCGAACUCCAAACACCCGGCCGAUCCGUAUCCCACACCUACCACCCCAACACGGCAGCAAACGAAGUGUCGUCGCCUGCCUCCUCCGCUCUCCCCCGCCGGCGUUUCGGCGCAUCCGCCAUCACCUCCCGCCUGGUCGCACCCUCUACGCCAUCUCUCGCCACACGUCGCUAUCUGGAGAGAACUCCAGAACGGGAGGUCCCUAGCUCAGCUGAGAAGCCUGAAGAGCGCGCACAGCCGACUAUCCCGCAACCGCGUCAUUUUUCACUCAGCCACACGUCCUUGUUGAACAGGGCAAGCAGCAUCAACCGCAGAACCAACCGCGACAGCACGAUUACGAAUACAUCGACUGCUGCUCAGGCGGGCAGCUAUCGAUAA